AUGAAGGUUUUUGCUAUGAUGGCAUUAUUGCUGGCAGCAGCAUACUGUCAAUCAAAUGAGAUUGAUGUAGUAUUAAAGAUGCUAGGUGAUUUAAAAAAUGAGACAAGCAAACAAUUAUAAUAAUUGGAGAGCGAUUGGGAAACAACCAGAUAUCAAAAACAAGACAUCGUAAAUGAUUUAAUGAGAUCUGCAUCAACAUAAAGAGGUGAAUGUAAUAGAAGAGAUCAAGAGUGGGCAAACAAAGAAAGAGACAUUAGAAUUACACUCAGCUAUAUCAAUUGGUUAGAGAAAAGAAUCAAAGAGAAUAAUGAAAGACUCUCAAGAUUAGAUGUCAAUAGAUGUGAAUCCAAUGCUAAUUUCAUAAAUGAUAUCAAAAAUUCUAAGAAAACUCUAAAUUUGAUUGCCUUCCUCAGAAGAGCUGUAAAGAAUGCAAAAGAAACUGAUUUGCCAACACUUUUGUAAUCUGCUCAAUUCAUUUAACUCAAAUCCUUUUUGGCUGAGGACGGUGAAGAACCAGAAGUGACAUCCGAAGAUAAUGAGCCACCUCAUGUAUAUGAUGAACCAGAAGCUGUCGAUAGCACAGAAGACGUUUCUGAAAAUUAAGUAGAUGCUGCUCCAGAUGUUGAAACAACUGAAGAAUCAGCUACUGAAGCAGAAGCUCCCACAGAGGAAGUAGAAUAACAAAGUUUAGGUGAUGCUCAUGAAGAACCAGAUGCCCCUGUUCCUGAACAUCCAUUAGAAGCUGAAGAGAAAGCUACCAAUGAAUAAUUAGCAAAGGAAGCUGCUGCAUUCAACAAAAUUAUUGAAAAGGGAUAAAAGGCUCCUGCUGAAGCUGGAUCUGGAAAAGAUUAUUCAUAAUUCACAGUUGCUUAAUAAGAAUUGUUAAAUUUCUUGGACAUUUUAGAAGAUUAAGUAAGAGGUUCAUUUGGAAAGAAACAAGAUGACCAAGUUAAUUCAGCUAUGGGUUACAGUGAUUUCAAGGGAUUGAUUCAAAAGGAAAAUGAAACAUUCAAAGGACAUUUAGUAGCUGAAGAUGUUAAUCUAGAAAAAUUAUAAAAUUAAUUGAUAACCAUCUUAUAGGCUACAGCUGCUUGCAAAGACAGAUUAAAGAAAAUCCAAAACUCUAUUGAUCUUGCUAAUGAAGACUUAGCUUCCUCAGAGGCUCACUUUAAGUCUGUAACUGAAACUCUCUAGGAAGAGCAAAAUACCUUUGAUGAUGUUUACAGAAUUUAUUCAAGUUAAGUUGGCUCUCAAAAUACAUCAUACAAAAGAGAUGUUUAAGCCAAAAUUACCAACUGAUUAUGUAGAAUCAUCCAAAAAUUAUAAUUAUUAUAUAAAUCUAAAUCAAUUAUAUCAUUCUUA